UGUCAGUCGACUUCAGUCCGUAAUGACAAUGGAUUCACUGAAAUCCUCCCAUCCGAUUAGCAAGCCUCUUGCAAACCCUGCCGAUAUAGAUCAGGUUUUCGAUCAAAUCCCUUAUAGCAAAGGCGCCUCUGUAAUACGAAUGAUGAAACAUUUCCUGACAGAAAGUACCUUCAAGAAGGGUCUUGCAGCUUAUUUAUCUUCAAUGAGUUAUAAGAAUGCCGACCAGGACGACUUGUGGCGGUAUAUGACAGUUUCAGCGCAUCAGGAUGGAUCUUUGCCCAAAGAUCUGACCGUCAAGACAAUUAUGGACACCUGGACGCUGCAGGAAGGCUACCCUGUCCUUACGGUUAUCAGAGAUUCUAACGGCAACCGCCAGAGUUACGCAGAAACGUUACUUGCUGGGAGGAGAGGAACAAGAUCUAGGAUAUAGAUGGUGGAUCCCAGUCACCUUCACAAGCCGGAACCGUCGCAGCUUCCGCCACACGCGGGCUCAGACUUGGCUUAGCAACCACGCUGAUCACGUGACAGUGACGGGGCUCCCUCAUCCGAGAGAAUGGGUCAUUUUUAAUCUGCA